ACGGCGCGCUGACGUCAGUGGCCUGUGCGGACGCCAGACCUGUUGCUGGAGUUGGGGCUGAAAGUUUGUCUUGGCCGCUCGAUGUGAAGGAAUGUGAGGCGGGGAGAACAGCAAAGCGACAGCCGCUGGGCCAGGGCCUGGUUGCAGAAAAUCAAAGAUGGCUGCACAAGUGCUCGAGCAAUCUAGUGGGACCAGUAUGUUUUCUCGCUCCAGUGUUGGAAUUUCCUCAGAUGAGGAAAUAUGUGGGCUUAAUUAUCUUUCCAAGAAUGACUUGACAGCAGCACCACAGCUAGUUAUGUUGGCAAAUGUUGCCUUAACUGGUGACAUAAGCUGUUACGAUUACCAUGGGGAGGAUAGGCAGAUGGCAGAAUUGAAAACAGUAAAUGACAAUUUAUCGGACAACGAAGAUGAUUUGAGAACUGACAUGAACGAUGCAUUGCAAUCUGAAAGUCUAAGUGCAGAAAAUUCAGUUCUGUCAAGUAGCGCAACAAAGGACAGUUCUGAGAGUUCUUCCCAAGAUACUUGUGACUCGGGCACAGAUUCAACAGAAGUAGUGAAUCAGGAGAGCUUAGCCGACAAGGGGAAAAAAUCCAAACCAUUUCGCUGUCGCCCCUGCCAGUAUGAAGCGGAGUCCGAGGUGGAGUUUGUGCAUCACAUCAAAGUACAUAGUGCCAAAAAGUUUAUUGUUGAGGAAAAUGCAGAAAAGCAAACCAAAUCCAAAGUUCCAGAUCCUCUUCCUGAAGAGACUGAUAUUUCUAAAGGCCCCAUUCGCUGCGAUAGAUGUGGAUAUAACACAAACCGAUACGAUCAUUAUUUGGCACAUCUAAAACACCACGACAAAGUUGGAGAAAAUGAGAAAGUUUAUAAAUGUACCAUCUGCACGUACACUACUGUCAGUGAAUAUCACUGGAAAAAGCAUUUGCGGAACCACUUUCCCCGCAAGGUUUAUACUUGUUCACAAUGCUCUUAUUUCUCCGACAGGAAGAACAAUUACGUGCAGCAUAUGCGAACACACACAGGUGAACGACCUUACAAGUGCCCGCAGUGUCCUUACUCAAGUUCUCAGAAAACUCAUCUGACCAGACACAUGCGUACACAUUCAGGCGAGAAGCCAUUUAAAUGUGAUCAGUGCAACUACGUAGCAUCAAACCAGCACGAGGUGACACGACAUGCCAGACAAGUUCACAAUGGACCCAAACCUUUAACCUGUCCUCACUGUGAAUACAGAACAGCUGACCGCAGCAACUUCAAAAAGCACGUUGAACUUCAUGUGAAUCCACGCCAGUUUCUGUGCCCUGUCUGUAAGUAUGCAGCUUCCAAGAAGUGCAACUUGCAGUAUCACAUAAAGUCCAAGCACCCGCAUUGCAGUGACAUUACCAUGGAUGUGUCAAAGGUGAAGUUGCGCACCAAACGAAUCGAACUAGACAUUCCUAUUGGCAAAUUGGGCAAGAAAAUGUCAGACAAAUUGCAACUUAAAAGAGCUGAGAAUCCAGAGGAAGUCACUGCCAAGCCUGAAAAAAGUACUUCUGUGUCAAAGGAGCGAGGUUUCAGCUCGAAGAGUCAAAGGAUGAAGACCCGAAAUCAUAAAGUAUUCAACAAGCUCCCAUCAAGGAAAAGGGAAACUAAUGCAGAGAAGGUAAGAAAAAUAAAGAGUAGCAAAAGAAAGAGAUGCUCAACAGAUGUGUCCUUGCAACAGAAGCCUGUGGUUGAGACCCAUACAGAAGUGAAAAGGAGGAAAAUAUGGAAAGCUAAAGAGUUGGUCGAGCGUGAAACACAGAGAAGCAGAAUCAAAUUGGAUAAGUCCUCAUGCAAAAAAAAUCUUAAAUGCAAACAAAGAAAGAAGAAAAACAAAAAGUGUAAAAAAGCCUGUGUGCUUUCUGCUGAUGAUCCAUAUAAGGGUAAGAAAUCCGAUCAGCCUGAACAUCAAUUGAGUCUGUCGAAAAAGAAAAGAGAUUACUCUAGAAGUUCUUCAUGCAGUAAUCCUAAUGCUGAAGGUGUGCACAAGAGAGAUGCCCAAGGUUCAGAACCAUUCUUGGAUAUUGUGAUGACUGAAAUUCCACUUGGCACUGUUGUUGAAAAAAAUGAUUUGGAUUCUACAAGAAGUGCCUGUGAAAUGGUGCAAAUGACCACAAGAGAGUCUCAAACAUUACCUUACCAGUUAACUGUCACUAAGUCAGAGGAACAGAUGUUGACUAAAAAGAUGAUAAACAAAAGUUAUGAGUUGCUUUGUGUCGAAGAACCCUCUGUAACUUGCACGGAACAAACUGGAGUUCCUGCUCAUAGUUCUGGGAAAACAGAGCAUACAUCUUACUCACCGAAGACCUCCAUUGACUUGAAUAACUCGGAGGCAAAAGAGAUGUGUGAAGAAACUUGCUUACUGUCUGAAGUUGAACCAGAAAGGUCUGUUCAGGUGAUUAAUAUUGAACUUCCUAACUCAAACAAUCCAAAUAAAGACCAGGGUUGCAUUGGUGAAGAGAUGGAAGUCCAGGGAGACCUAAGUAAGCAGAUGGAGGUCCAGGGAGACCUAAGUAAGCAGAUGGAGGUCCAAGGAGACCUAAGUAAGCAGAUGGAGGUCCAGGGAGACCCAAGUAAGCAGAUGGAGGUCCAGGGAGACCCAAGUAAGCAGAUGGAGGUCCAGGGAGACCUAAGUAAGCAGAUGGAGGUCCAGGGAGACCUAAGUAAGCAGAUGGAGGUCCAGGGAGACCUAAGUAAGCAGGCGGAGGUCCAGGGAGACUUAAGUAAGCAGGCGGAGGUCCAGGGAGACCUAAGUAAGCAGACGGAGGUCCAGGGAGACCUAAGUAAGCAGACGGAGGUCCAGGGAGAUCUAAGUAAGCAGACGGAGGUCCAGGGAGAUCUAAGUAAGCAGAUGGAGGUCCAGGGAGACCUGACUGAGCAGAUGGAGAUCCAAGGAGACCUAAGUGAGCAGAUGGAGGUCCAGGGUAACGUGAAUGAGCAGGGGGAGGUCCAGGAUAAUGUGAAUGAACAGGUGGAGUUGCAGGAUGACCUGAACAAGCAGGUGGAGGCCCAGGAUAUCAUGAACGAGCAUGUGGAGGUCCAGGAUGACCUGAAUGAGCAGGUGGAGGUCCAGAUGGAGGACAAACAGAUCAAGUUGGAGGAUUAUAACAAGGUUCUGGAUGACCAGAAUAAAGUCCAGGAUAGUGCAGACGAGAUCCAGGUUGGAAAGACAAACCAGGACAGGCUCCUGUAUGAUGAUGAUAAGGUCCGGAAUAGCAAGCACGAUCAAAACAAAAAACAGGACAAGGAUGAGAUGGGGGAAAUAGAUGAAGAUGAAGGCAUUCACAGCCAUGAAGGAAGUGAUAUCAGUGAAGAUUCAGAAGGAAGUGAUGACUCUGGUCUGAAUGGAGCAAAGUCCACUCCUGAUGACAAGACCAACAAAAGGACACUUGAAGAAGAUGUGAUUGAUGCACCAGAGAGUUUUGUUUGCAUAUUCUGUGACCGUAUAUUCAGUGUGAAAGGAGAGUUUACCAAGCACCUUAAUCGCCACUUGGUAAAUGUGUACUAUCUUGAGGAAGCAGCAAAAGGCCAAGAAUGAGCACAGUCUUGUGAUUUGGCAAGCUUUCCUAGAAUAUUAAUAAUACCUGUUACAAAGUGAUGCAGAUCACACUAAUGCAAUUGGAUUUGGGUUUUUUUGCCUUUCCUCACAGAACUGUUUGUUGCUAACUAUAUGUAUUUCCUGCUUUUUCAAGUUUCUAGUUCAUAAUUCAGAGGUGGUACAAAAGCAUUCAUUCACACAUGAUGGCUAAAUAUGUUAAUCAUGCUUUGUAGCAGUUUAAUCAACCACUGAUUUUGAAUUUUCAUUGCACUAUUAUUACUCAAGAAAUUGUUUCAUUUAGUCUGUUCUGUUUCAUCCCAUUGUAAAUAUUUGAUAACACUGGACAUUGAAUUUAUUUUCUGUUUUUACAUGACCCAGGGUUUAAGCUGAUAUAAAAUGAUUAUCAUAGCCGUUCGUAAUUUAAAAACACAAGAUAGUGGCUGAAAGAAAGAAUCAAACUGUAUUGUGUUUAAUUGGGAUAUUUCUUUUGGUAAUGUUAAAAGGAUGGCCUUUCAUUGAGCAGUUUUGCAUUUCCAGGGCAUUUAAUGUAUUUGUGCCCAAGGUGCAUUUUAAUCUUCAUGUACAAUGCAUGGAAUUAGCCCAUUCUCAUAGAUUUACAUUUUAGGUAAUAUUUCAUCAGUUAGCUGACCCCAUUUUAGUUUUUUUUUAAUCAUAACACAUUUUUACAUUGACAGUUCACAGAGCAUUUUUAAAGUGACAUUAAAAUAUUAUGCUUUUUGUUCAAGUCACAGGAGUGAGCACUUUGCAAGAUGAUACCACAUCUCAAGUAACUAAUGUUACAUGCCAUGAAACUUAUUUAGGAGUUUGUAGCAAACAGUUCUCAGUAGCCACAAAAGAAAUUUAUCCAAUAUGGUGCUUAAACAGCUUAUAAAAUUGCACGAUAUAAGUAAUCAACUAUGCAAUAUAAUUAAUUAGUGAUAGUUUAUAUAUAGAAAUGUUUUUUUCUGUAUCAUGUUUUUAUAUUUGUGUGUUUAACCAGCAUUUGGGACUUGACGAUUAACCGAACCACUGUGCAACAAUCUGACUUGGGGGGUGGGGGUGGUGCGUGGAUGGGAGUUGUCCUGGUGAAAUGCUAAAUUAUGUUCUAUCUGUAAUGAGCAGUGACACAGUUUUUGAAAGGUGAAUGUCAAGCACCCCAAAUAAGCAGAGGUGUAAAAAUCGCUGUCUUGCAUCCUUUUUAGCUGAAGAGCUAUCAUUCAAGUGUGCUCUCUUGCCAGCAUUCUGUGCAGAAGCAUGUAGUGCUCCUGGCAAUCUGGUAUUUCCUUAUGGGCAUUUGUAGAUCAGUUGUUAUAAACUGAAUUGAUUUUGUUUCAAUUUGUUGAGGUAAUCUGUUUCCAGUCGGUGCACCAAGUGUAAUGGUCCUUUCUUCAUACGAGGACCUGUCACAGUUUUGAUAUUGCACUCAAAUCCUAGCCCCCUGGGUGCACACCGUGGAUUGUGUAGACCUGGCAGAAUUAUUGGAAUGCAACACUUUAUAAGAUUUGCUCACCUCUGAUUUACUUAGCUAGUGAGUUGGUAUGGCCAAAGAACAUAAAUUACUGUGAUUACCAUUUGUUUUUUUUCUCCUACUUAAUGAUAUGAUGUGUUAAGUAAACUGUUUGGAGUAGCCACUUUCGCUUAAGAAUAUGGAAAACAGUUUAAGUGCUGAAAAGCAUUUUCUUCGCUUUGACAAUCAUGUUGACAAACUCAUUGUGUAUCUGUGAUCAAAUUAAAGCUUAUGUUUACAUGGAUUUUUAACUGUAAUUUGCUUCUCUUAUAGUUUGUGGUACUCUAUCAUACAAGUUUUGAAUUCAUUUUGGUAAUAACUUAAUUACAGUUAAAAAUCUGUAACAUUACAGUUUGAAUAAUGAAUGCUGUAAGAGGUCUGGAGGUCCUGCUCAUGCUAAUGCUUGUGCUUUUCAGUUCCAGAAUGCUACUUGGUACCCUCUUUUUGGUACUAGAAUGCUAUAUGGCUACACCAGCAGCCCUGCAUUUCUUGUGGCAAGUAGUUAGCACACAACAAUUACACAUUGUAACGUUGUUUGUUUUAACAUAAUUAAAAACUACAACUUCCCUUAGUGGAAGACUUUAUGUCCUACUUUUUGGAAUCUCAUUCACCCUCUUCAAAGAGCCACUUUAGCAGGUUCUGGAUUAGUUGGGAUGUGAUUUUUUAAAUCUACUUUCCAACUUGUUCUAAAUUUCCAUUCUGUGCGCAGUGACAGCAGCACACGGUAGGAGGAAUAAGCCUGAGAAUUGUUACUGCUGAAUUCAGCAAUAAAUUUUGCUGUUUAUGUUUGGUUUUGGUCUACUCCCUGGUAAUGAGAACAUCUCAUGAAACCAGCAACUAUGCUGUAAACUUUAAUAAGGUACAAACCUGCCACCAUAGGGAAUAUUUUUGUGGUUCUACACCCAGGUGCAUUAGAUCAUCUAGGCACAGUAAGUAUUGAAAAAUCAAGCGGGUUGGAGCAUGAGUGUAAAGGAACCCAUCUGUUUUUCCAAUAAUCAGUAAAUUCAGGAAAAUUUGUACGUAUACGUUUUAUCUGGCAACAAAAUGCAGUGUUACAGCAGCAGUGAAACAUCCUUGUAACUAAGUGAUGUCUUUUGUUAACUGAAUCUCUUCAAUAAUGGAAGUAGCUUACCAAAUUGUAAUUUAGGUUUUUAACUAAAACUGCAAUCUCCAAAUUUAUUAAAUACAAAAUAUUCUGAUUUAUCAAUAGUGUACCUUCAAGGCACCCUUUAAAGUUUUGAUCUCCAGUAUCUGAGGAUGGGAGUGGCCUGAUACAUAACCAGAUUUUGAAGAGCUUACAAAGGGUUGAAUUCGUGCAUUUUUCAAUGUAAUAUUAAAAAUAUGCCUAAUAUGGCAUAUUUAGAUUUUUUUAAAAAUUUGGUCAAUUUCUAUGCAAGCAUUUAAAUUACAGUGGCCAUCAGCAGCUGGAACUCCUGAAAAUUUAACUUUCCUGUUGGCUAAUACUGUGCCCUUUUUGUCUGAAUUAUUAGAAUCUUACAGCACAGGAGGAGGCCAUUUGGCCCAUUGUGGUCAACUAUCCUUUCAGGUAGUGCAUUUCAGCUCAUAAUUUGCUGCAGAAAGAAAAUUUUCCUCCUUUCACCCCUGGAUAUUUUGUCAGUUAUGUUAAAUCUGUGUCCUCAGGUAUCUAAACCCCCUGCCAGUGGAAACAGUUGAUAGGGAGAAACUGUCAAACCCCUCCAGAGAAACAGACUGGAUAGCAAGGUUACAAGCCACCAACUCCAUCAUGGGGGUUCAUGGCUUGGCUUAUGACCAGUUCUAAACUCAAAAAGUGCACUACUACUUUGAACUUACUCUCCACUGAUUGCAUUUUGUAACAAGCAAAUUAAUUGGUGUGCUGGCACUUACUGAAAUUUGUCAAAAGAGGAUGGGGGAAUUGUAUGAGAGAGGUUGGCAUAGCAGCCUAAUUGCUGUGUUCUUGUUCAAACAGAAUGUGUAAUGGAACAAAUGACUUUGUUCAUUUGCAAGACAUUUGCCAGUAGCAUUGGUAGGAAAAGCAUAACACUCAAAUUCACUAAAUGUGAAGUCAUAAUAACUGAUGGUCCUUGACCUAAGGAAUAACAGCUUCAUGUGACUGUCUUCCCUUCAUUGAUCCUGAGUUCCCUCAAUGAAUAGCUGAGCCACACAGUCCAUAGAGAUGCCACCAUUAAUUCCUGGUCUGUGCUGAUUGAUCCAGUGGAGGCUGUAAAAAUGCUUCCAGAGGUGUUGGCAAGCUCCUUGUUUAGGGAAGGGAAGGGAAUGUUUCCCAGGGUUGCCACUCCUGAUCAUUAUCCCUGCUGGAAGUGUUUUUGUACAGACAGCAGGUAAGAAGAGGACUGGCUUUGGCCCCUGUGGUGGAAUGGUCCGAUGACCCUUGCUGCCUGGACUCAUUCAUGACUGUCACCCCUAGAACAGUAUUUUGGUGUGAGGUGGUGGGGUUAAGGAAUUUUUUUUUUAACAAAUUGAGGAAAAUAGCACAUGCACUACUUUUCUUGCAACUUCAGUAGUAGGGGUUGGGGGAAGGGGUGUAUGUAUUUGCAAGAUAUUUGUUUGCUGUUUCUGAACUAAAAUAUAUGAUAGAAAAUGGAGUAUUCCUUAUUACACCAAGUCCAGGAAUGUGCACAUUUGGCUUGGUCCUUUGUCAUCUGUCUGCAGAUUCAUGAUAUUGUAACAACACAACAAAGGACAAAUAUAUCUUUUGGUCUUCAGUUUAGUAGUAUUUAGCUUGUGGGUUUAUCAAGAGUAAUCUGAAGGAGAUUUUGUUGUUCCUGAGGCAGGGGUGAAGAAUCACAAAAUUUAUACAAGAUGUUGAAGGCAUUUUAACAAGAAAUGUGAGCCAUUAAUCAUUUCAAAAAUUGUAUUUGCUCUUUGGAUGUAGGCGUUGCUGGCAGGGUCAGUACUUGUUGCUCUUGAGAAGAUGGUGGUGAGGUGCUGCCUUGAACUGCUGCAAUCAGUAUAGUGAUGGUACACCUACUGUUAGGAUAGAAUAAUGUCAUCAGAAUGUCUUAUACAGUCCUAGCACAUAAUAUAACUAAUUCAGUAUGCAGUGUAACUUAUUUGUGAAGUGGUUAGAAAUGAGGUGUGUCAUAAAAUUACAAGAGCUACCUAUGAGGCUAGAUAGCUAAUGAGAGCAGGCAGGAACACUACAGAACACCAGUAGGCUAAUGUGUAGCUUUGAACAACUUUUAAACUGGAUAAACUGCCAAAAUAACAGAAGGGGUACAGAUGCUACAGCAGUCACUGCUCUAAGAGACCUCUAGCAGCAUGAUUCACAAAACAUUUUGGCUGUCCUGUACAAAAGCACUGCCAUUGGUGCUGAAUUAAAAUGGAAGCUUAUUAGUAAUUCAGAAUUGUUUUACAGCAUUACCUGUGCAAUACUUCUGUUUUUCUGAAGAUACCAAAGUUUAAAAAAUAACCUACUACUGUACUUCUCUUUUUUCAGAUUAAUAAAUAGAAUUUUGAUUUCAAGGGUAAAUGUUUGUCAAAGAAAAUGACUCCGACAGUUGUGUUGGGCAGAAUAAAACUCAUUUAGUACAAAGACUAUGUGUAUAAUGAGAAAAUUUUUCACAAUAUUUACCUUUUUGUUAACUAAAGUUGAAAAGAACUAAUCUCUUUCUGUAACUUUCUAAAAAGCAUCAUAGUAUUUAGCAAAGAUUUUGCUGCAUUAAAGUUUUGUGAGCUCAA